AUGCCCUUCAACUACAACAAAGUCCUCGUCCUCGGUGCCACAUCUGGUAUUGGUUGGGCUCUCGCAAGCAAGCUGGUCGAGAACGGCACUUCAGUGAUUGUCACUGGCCGCAGACAGGAGAAGCUUGACGAGUUCGUUUCUCAACAUGGCAAAGACAAGGCCGAGGCAGUCCAGUUUGAUAUCACACAGCUGGACAAGAUUCCCAAGUUCGUAAAGGACAUUAUGGAGUCUCACCCAGACAUCGACAGCAUCUUCCUCAACUCUGGUAUUCAGAGAGGAUUCGACUUCUCCAAGCCUGAGAGCAUUGAUCUCAGCUCGCUUUCAGAAGAGAUGAACACCAACUACAUCUCAUACAUCCAUUUGGUCACCGCUUUCACUCCGUAUCUGCAGAAGCAGAGCAAGCAGACUUCAUUCAUCUUUACCACAUCUGGAUUAGCUUUGGUGCCUAUGAUCAGAUGUCCCAACUACUGUGCUUCUAAGGCUGCUCUGCACCAUUUCAUUCUGGUGCUUCGUGAACAGCUCAAGAACGGACCUGGAAACAUUCAGGUUAUUGAGAUCUUCCCUCCUGCAGUGCAGACCGAGCUGCACGACGAGAAGCACCAGCCGGACAUCAAGAACGGCAGUCAGAUCGGAAUGCCGUUGAAGGACUUCACCGAGGCCACAUGGGCUGGACUCGAGGCUGGCAAGGAUCAGAUUCCCGUGGGUAUGUCGGAGGGCUCGUUCAACGGAUGGGAGCAAGAGAGACAGAAGGCAUUCCACGGUAUGAAUGCUCACAUCGCCAAGAUGAUGGCACAGCAUUCGCACUAA